AUGGAACCAAAGGGUAUUAUAGUGGCCGGAGUAAAUGGAUAUGGAUCUGCGUUGGAUCAAUUCAAAAGUCCGACUGGAAUAUUUCUCGAUAACAAUGAUGUACUUUAUAGUGCAGAUAGUAGCAAUCAUCGAGUAGUUAAAUGGAUGCCUGGAGCUUCAAGUGGUCAAAUAGUUGCCGGUGGAAAUGAAAAUGGCCAGAAUGCUAAUCAAUUCAAUUAUUUGUCAAGUAUUGUCAGUGAUAAGAAAGGAAUCAUGUUCAUUUGUGAUAGAGAAAACGAUCGAGUACAGAAAUGUUUGCCUAAUGAUAAUCAAGGACAAACAAUUAUACAGAAUUUGUCAUGUUGGGGAGUGGCGAUGGACAAAGAAGAGUCAUUAUAUGUCUUUCAUUUUCGUGAACAUUAUGUAUUGAAAUGGCCAGCUAAUCAAGUAGUUGCUGGUGGAAAUGGAGAAGGAGAAAAUGUGGAUCAACUCGCGUAUCCAUCCCAAUUAUUCGUUGAUUGA